CCCAUCAUGCAACUGUACUUGAGCGUAGCUUUGCACUUCCGGUUAGCUUGGUAAGAUAGCGGACGAGCGGUCAAUAGCAGAAAUACUGAUGUGUUAGUGUAGUUGUGGUGCUUUUUCUGCUCAGGAACGCGGUAUUCUUAAGCUCGCAAAGACUUUAUUUGGAAAACGAAAAUGAUCCGCUUCAUCCUCAUCCAGAACCGAGCAGGGAAGACGCGGCUGGCCAAAUGGUAUAUGCAGUUUGAUGAUGACGAGAAACAGAAGCUGAUCGAGGAAGUGCAUGCCGUGGUCACUGUCAGGGACGCCAAGCAUACCAACUUUGUUGAGUUCAGGAACUUCAAGAUCAUUUACCGGCGCUACGCUGGCCUGUACUUCUGCAUCUGUGUGGACGUGACCGACAACAACCUGGCAUACCUCGAAGCCAUCCACAACUUUGUGGAGGUGCUGAAUGAAUAUUUUCACAAUGUGUGUGAACUGGACCUCGUGUUCAACUUUUACAAGGUGUACACCGUGGUGGACGAGAUGUUCCUGGCAGGAGAGAUCAGGGAGACCAGUCAGACCAAGGUCCUCAAGCAGCUCCUCAUGCUCCAGUCACUAGAGUAGAAGUUGAUCCCUCUUUCCCCACUUAUCUGAAACCGCUGGCAUUCAACCCCCAGCUUCUCCGUGUUUUGUAUCGCUCUGAAAAGCAGCCACGUCUCUCUCCUGCCACUUCUUCAGUGACCGCGAGGAAGCAGUGUUUAGAGAACAUAGCCAAUAUCGUCCAAACAUCGAUAUCCAAAUAUAUUUGAGGUAAACUAAACUGCUUGCCGUUGAAAAAUUAGACUUUGCAAUAUUCUGUACACAAGGAACAGCUAUUGUUGUCAGUAGGCUAACAGAAAAACACUUAUAUUUGUCACUGUUUGAAAUCCUCAUUAAGGUGCAGUCAUGUUUGUGUUCUCUCUCAGCCAGCGGGUACGGAAACUAGUUAUUCUGUGUAUUAACAAGUAAAUCCACUCAUUUAUCUCUGUGCACUGUUAAAAUCAGUGUAAAACUGUUUGUCCCUGUCCCCUUUUGUUGCUCUUUAACCCAUGCUUUCAUCUAAUGGCACUACGUUGAACUAACAAGCACCAAAAAAAAAAAAAAAAUGUGGAUCACAGAUGGUAAUGAAAGCCUUGCAG